AACCGUGUGCGCGGGCGGUCCUAGGGCGCUUUAGGGGCGGGUCCAAACCAGGACGCGUGCUUGAAUUUGAAUUCAGGAAAGCUGCUAGUAACUUGUUUAGAUAUUAGUCAGCUACAGCAGCUUCACAUUAGCUGUAACGUUUGAUAAGUAUUAAUCUAUGUAGAAAUAAUCAUAUCCCUGGUUUACGUCUAAAUAAUAUUAGCUUCUACAAUCGUAACGUUUAAACAUCUGCUUAGUCUUGCAUCUACAUCCUGCUAAGAAGAGACCAGUCUACUUGCAAUGAAAGCGGGCGUUGUCCACUGCCGUUGUUCAAAAUGCUACUCGGUUCCGUCUCGGAAGCGGGUUCGUAAGCGAUUGUCCACCCUAACUCUUCUAUCGCUACCGGAGGAAAUUCUUCUCUAUGUGCUCCAGUGUCUCUCUGCAGAGGACCUCCUGUCUGUCAGAGCGGUUCAUUCACAGCUGCGGGAUAUUGUUGACAGCCACAACAGUGUAUGGGCCAGAGUCAGUUUCAGAGACACAUGGCCAUCUCCUAACGUUUUAUGGCUGUUUGAAAGGGCUGCUGAGAAAGGGAACUUUGAAGCUGCUGUGAAACUUGGGAUUGCCUAUUUGUACAAUGAGGGACCUUUGUUGAGCGAUGAAGGGCGAGCGGAUGUAUGUGGCCGAAAAGCCUCCCACUUCUUCAGCUUGGCGGAGAGCCUGCUCUCUCCCAAAGCGGAUCCCUUCACUUGGGUUUUCAUCCGUCCUCCGUGGUCGCCCACUGGCAGCUGCUGCAAGGCCGUGGUGUUCGAUCACCUAAAGGCUGAGUGUGAAAGCAACAUGGAAAAGAGGGGCCCUUUGUUGCACUGCUUGGCCCGAGUUUUGCUCCUGUUUGAAGAGGAAGAGAAGCGAUCGGAUGCCGUAGCCAUGCUGGAGGAGUCGUCGCGGGCUGGCUGUCUGCAGAGUUCAUACUUGCUGUGGGAGCACAGCAGGAAAGCAGCUAUGUCCGACCCUGGAAGGUAUCUUCAAUGUGUGCGAACCCUCAGGGACUACGCCGGCAAAGGAUGCUGGGAAGCACAGUUGUCUCUGGCUAAAGUGUGCAGCAGUGGGAAUCCAUUGGGUUUGGAGUCCAAGGCCUGCUCGGAGAUUGUGGCGCAGAUCUUCAGUCCCUCCAACUCGGUGCAUCAACACAGCACUCAGGGUGUCCUCAGACGAGGCAUCAAGGACACCAUGAGGUACAUUCUGGUGGACUGGCUCGUGGAGGUGGCCACUAUGAAGGAUUUCUCCAGCCAGACGCUGCAUGUGACUGUGGGCUGUGUUGACCGAUACCUGGCCCUGCGUUCUGUCCCAAAGGCCCGCCUUCAGCUUUUAGGAAUUGCCUGCAUGGUGGUUUGUACACGAUAUAUUAGCAAAGAAAUCCUGACUAUACGCGAGGCCGUUUGGCUGACAGAUAACACCUACAAAUAUGAAGACCUGGUGCGAAUGAUGGGGGAGGUUGUGUCUGUGCUGGAGGGAAAGAUAAGGAGCCCCACGCUGCUGGACUACGGGGAGGUGCUGCUGUUCCUGCUCCCCCUGGAGAGGCGCUCCUCUCACCUCUUCAGCUAUGUCUGCGAGCUGUCGCUGCUGUACUCUGCUCUCACCACGCCGCCUCCCGCCAAGCUGGCCUGCGCUGCACUGCUCCUCACAAGGGCACUGCAUCACUAUGGUCCCGUCUGGCCCACCCUGCUGAAGGACUACACAGGCUUUACCGAGGAGGACCUCGUUCCUCUCGCUGUGCUGCUCUAUGUUAAGUGUUUCAGUCAAGAUGUGCCCAAAGACUACAGGCACGUGUCUCUAACUGGAGUCAAGCAGCGCUUUGAAGAUGAGGCCUAUCAGCAGAUCAGCAAGGAGAAGGUUAUGGAUUUUAAAGAGCUCUGCCAGAUCUUGGAGAUCCCUGAAGUUGUGCCUCAGAUGGAGCCACCUAGUCCAACUAGUGGUCAACCAGCUGACAUCCACACCUUACUGGCUUCUCCAUCGAACACUAGCAAAAGGAGACGGGAUGAUGGCGCACAGGCCCACCGAAGCGGCCUGGUAGUCACGCCCACAGCAGAGCUGUCCAAUCAGGAAGAGAUGCUGCUGGGAGACAUCCUCGACUGGAGCCUGGACUCUUCCUGCUCUGGUUAUGAGGGGGACCGUGAGGAAGACAGCGAGGCGGAGAAAGAUGGGGAUGUUUCCAUGAUGUAUAUCAAACUACACCCUCUGGCUGAUGGGGACAAUAAUCUGGAGCACUGCCGAGCUCUGUCCAGCGACGAUGACAGCUUCUGUGAAGCGGGGAGUGACGGGAGCAAGGACUGCCCAGGCCGAGAACCGUCUGCCUCAUCCGCAGACCUCCACAGCUCAGGAUACUCAUCCGUCCAGAGCGUUAGCCCAUCAUCUACGUGCUCCUCGUCCUCCCUCGUGACCCGCACGUUCAGGACCUUUACCGCAUCACUUGGCAUGCCAUCUGCCAACGCCCAGCCAGGUUUCCGCCUCUUGGUGCCCAUGCAGAGGCCCCGGGGGACCUCCACCAGACAGGUGAAGAGGAAGAACGUAGCGGCGCAUAGCGUAGGCGAGGUGGAAAGGGAAGACGAGGAUUUGGAGGAGGAUUUUUCAGCAGGCACAGGCUUCCUGAGCCUGUGAGUCUCCACGACCACAUGCUGUUCACAGACCACUCGCUCAGCACCUGCAGCACUUUUAAAUCGUCAUCAAUGUUCAACUGUCCUGCGAGUCUGAGCUGGUCAUUCAACUGCUAGAAGAUCAAAGACGAGAAGCAUUUUAAGACUAGGCGAGGAAAAAGGAACCGCUCGGCUUUCCUUUUUGAUCACAUUUCAAUUAGAUGUUUACAGAAGCGGAGAAGUAGAAAUGCCUCCCAGGAAACCAUAAUCAGCUCUAAAACCACUGGAAUAUCGGCUCGACUUUCCUCAGGAGCCCGACAUACUGGCUGCCAUUUCUUUGUGCAACAACCUAUCUCAAACACCAUUUGAAAAGAAACAAAAACCUCAAUGAUGUAUGAUUUUCGGGGGUAAAAAGUGUUCUUUGUUAUUCAAAAGAAACAAACAUAAUUGUCAUGUUUGUGGUUGUUUUUGGUUGCCAUCACCUCUGUUAUGCACUGCCUGUACUGUAUUUGAGUUAUAACUGAAGGUGACUACUGUUAUUGAAAAUAUCUGCAACCGAAGCCUAAAAAGUACUUUUCUAAUGACUUUUUUUUUUCCUGAGUUUUGUCGUCCUGCAGCUUUUCCAAAGGUACUGUGUUGUAAUUAGUUUUCAAAAAUAGAGCUGUGAAAUCAGUCACUUACAGCCUUAAAUGGCUUCAGUUCAGUUUUGCGCAAGCUGUGCUGUUGAUGAAUCAUUUUGUUUACCUGUGGCACACUAAUCCCAUCAAGAGCCUCAUACAGAUGUUAUCUUAUUCACUAACAUGCUGUGAUGCUGAAGCAAUAAAAAAUAAAAAUCAAGAUACUUGCUGGAUUUUUACGUUUUGAGAAGAGCUUUGAGGAAAUGUGAAGUUUCCUCCACACUGAAUCAAGUUUAGCACUUUUAUCAUCACAUGUGUGCAUAGGAAUGUACCAUUCUUCCUAAUGUUUCUCUCAACAUUCAGUAUUGAAUAUUUUUUAAUGAAUGUGUUUCUUUAUUUAACA